UCAUUCUGGGAGUGGGCUAUCCUCAACUCCACACAUACCCAGAAUAUUCUCCCAUUCUCUGCACUUGAUGGCAGGACUCCCUUUAAAGCCUUUUAUGGUCGCCAGCCAGACAUUGACUACCUCCGCUCUUUUGGUGCGCUUGCCUAUGCUCAUGUCCCUGAUGAUGUGCGCCCCAAGUAC